CUGCUGCUGGGCUGUAAGGCGGGUCCUCGGUCCAACAACGCCGCGAACCUUCUGGAGCAGAUCGGCUACGAGGACGUGGCCAGCGUGCGUGGCGGCUUCGGCGGUAUGCGCGACGGCUACGGGCAGGUGGUGGCCGAAGGCUGGGAAGGCUUGGGUCUUCCGGUGAGCCAGGACAACGGCGAGGGCACGAGCUACGAAUCGCUGGCGGCAAAGUGA